AACUUUCUUUUUGUUGUUGCGGUAAACACAGAUUUGAGAAUAAUAGUUCCGUGACAACUUCUAAUUAUUUAAGUGAAUUUAAAUACAUACCAUAAAAAUUUUAAUGGCCCUAGGAAAAAUCAAACCGACCUCUUCCCCAAAAAAAAAAAAAAAAAAAAAAACCAUACUUAACCAUUAAGCAAUGAAAGAAAUGUUCCUUAAUCGGAUUAUAUAAAUGGAAUGUACGAGAGAGAUUCCGUCAAAUAAACUGAGAGAAUAGAAGAUAAUGGAAAAAGAAAAUGAAAGAAAUGGUCUACACUGCGUUGCAGAAAUAUCAGUAUUACCAGAGGGAUGCAUAUCGGACAUAGUUUCACUGACAACUCCUAAGGAUGCGUGCACCGCAUGUGCGGUUUCUCCUAUAUUCCGUGCGGCUGCCGAGUCCAACGCAGUCUGGGAGAGGUUCUUGCCGUCCGAUUAUCAAGCCAUCAUUGCUCGAUCAUCAUCAUCAUUGGAUUCCUUGAACUUCUCUUCUAAGAAACAUCUCUACCUUAGUCUCUCCGAUAACCCCAUCUUGAUCGAUGACAAUAAAAAGAGCUUUUUCUUGGACAAAUUGAGUGGUAAGAAAUGUUACCUUCUUGCUGCAAGGGACCUUUCCAUCGUAUGGGGUAGCACUCCUGAGUAUUGGAGUUGGGUUUCUCUACCUGAAUCCAGGUUCGCUGAGGUUGCUGAACUUCUCGAUGUUUGUUGGUUUGAAAUCUGUGGCAAGAUGAGUACUUCCAUGCUGUCUCCGACAACAAACUAUGCUGCUUACCUUGUGUUUAAGUUGAGGAGCAGAGCCUAUGGAUUUGGUGACCCUCCUUUCAAGGCUUCAGUUGGAACUAUUGGAGGAGGUGAAGUUUAUAAACAAUCUGUUUGUUUGGACCUGGGGGAGCCAAGCCUGGAUGGCCAGAUUCUACUUCCGGAGCAGCCGCACAUUUCAUGUCCCAAACGGAGAAAAGAUGGGUGGUUAGAGAUUGAGUUGGGUGAGUUUUUCAAUGAGGGAGGACAAGAUGAUGAACUGCAGAUUAGACUCACGGAGAUAGAAGCUGGUAGGUGGAAGUCUGGCCUCAUUGUUGAAGGGAUCGAGAUCAGGCCAACAAUGGGUUAAUUAAAUUUGUGCUUUAUCAUCACUAAGUGGCAUUAAUGUACUAUCAAACUUAUAUUGUGUUAAUAUUUUCCUUUAUUGACAAAAUUUUGAACAUCUAAAAUUACAAGCUUAUUGGUAAAACCAUAUUUAUACCC